AUGAUGAGGAGGAUUUUGUCAUCAGCACCAUGCGCCUUGGCAUUCCGGUGCCCGGUUAGACCAGCGUGCACGCUGUCCGGACGGUCAGCAGCCGCACUCAGCAGGCUCCCGGGCCGCCACGCGCGUGCGGAGCGCGAGUUUUCCCUCCGUUCCACCAGUGCCGACGAGCUGAUCAUCACCCAGCCCGACGACUGGCACCUGCACGUCCGGGACGGCCCGGGCCUGACCUCCGUGGUCCCCAUGACGGCCAGCACCUUCUCCCGGGCCAUCAUCAUGCCCAACCUGGUGCCUCCCGUCACGACAGUCGACAUGGCCCUCGACUACAAGAAGCGAAUCAUGGCAGCUGUCCCCGAGGGCAGCAAAUUCCAGCCUCUCAUGACGCUAUACCUCACCGAUAAGACGACGCCGGAGGACGUGUUCCGCGCCAAGGAAGGCGGCGUCGUCGCGUUCAAACUGUACCCUGCUGGCGCGACGACAAACUCCGACGCCGGCGUCACGGACAUCGCCGGGCGCGACGAGGUGUUCAAGGCAAUGAACGAGGCGGGGCUCGUGCUGUGCGUGCACGGCGAGGUCGUGGACCCCGUGAUCGACAUGUUCGACCGGGAGGGGGUGUUUAUCGACACAGUCCUAAAACCCCUCCUCGACCGCGUGCCCGACCUGCGCGUCGUCAUGGAGCACAUCACCACGAAGAACGCGGUCGACUUCGUUCGCUCAGCAGGUCCGAAGGUCGCCGCGUCGAUCACGCCGCAGCACAUGCUGCUCAACCGCAACGCACUGCUCGUGGGCGGCAUCCGGCCACACAACUAUUGCCUGCCCAUCCUGAAGCGCGAACUGCACCGCGAGGCCGUAGCCGGCGCUGCAACGUCCGGCGAGCCCUCGUUUUUCCUCGGCACGGACUCCGCACCGCACCCCAAGGGUGCGAAGGAGAGCGCGUGCGGGUGCGCGGGGAUCUUUUCGGCCCCGCACGCGCUCCCGCUGUACGCCAAGGCCUUUGAGGCAGCGGGGGUGUUGGACCGCCUGGAGGCCUUCGCGUCGCACCACGGCGCCGACUUCUACGGCAUGCCGCGCAACACGGGCCGGGUGAGGCUGGUCCGGAAGCCGUGGACGGUCCCCGCCGAGCACGAGUUCGGGGAUGCGACAGUUGUGCCAAUGAUGGCGGGGGAGGAGUUGGAGUGGGCAGUGGACGAGGUGACGUGGGGGACGUGGGGCGCGUGA